AGGCAUCCUUGGUGAGAUUAAGUGGUUGAGGACACUUUUAGUGGACAUGGACUCGAUUACGUGUGGCCUAAAUUUCUGACGCCAUUACUGCUGUUUUAAUUUAAUGGAAAGUGUGGAAAUAAUGACACCGGUGAGUCUUACAGAGUCGAAUAAAAUCCUGCGAGACAAUUAAAGCCGCCGGAUAAAGAGGGAAGACUAUCUUUCAUUUUUCUUAUAUUCUUUACAAUUAUUCAAUGACUCACAAGUUUUCAUAUAGUCGUGCCUCCAUUUUUCUAGAUACUUCAUGAAUUUUCGCAAAAGUUCAUUAAGAACGUAGGAAAAUUCUUUCGAAUUAGAAAACUGGAGAUAAAUUGUAAUUCUUCAUUUCGAUUUACAGUACAUUAUCUAAAAUUAGGGGAUUAACGUAUUUUUUAUAAUAAAUAACAUACAUCUCAAGUGCGGGUGAGAUAUAAUCAUCGGCCGAUUAUUCCUUCUUAUCAAUAGAGGACGAUGAAGAGGUUGAUUUGCUAUCAGUCCUCGGGUUAUUGUACUAUAUAAGUUCUAUUUUUUUACCAGCGGCAUUAUAAUAUCUCCAGCUAUGAUUUCUGUUGGAAUAAUUUUGAGUGUUCUCGUUGUCCUCGCCAAUGGCGCAAGUCUAAAUAAAAAUGACGCAGUAAAAAUCACACAUCCUUAUCAGGUGUCUUUUCGAGAAUGGGUCCGUCCAGACCCUAAGGACGAAUACGUUCACAUCUGCAGUGGUGCAAUCAUUAACAAGAACUGGAUCCUUUCUACUGCUUCAUGUUUUGAGGAGUGAGUGCAAAACAAUCUAUUUUAAAAUCUGCAAUGGAAAAAAAAAUCCUCGGAUAAACUCGAGGAGUC